AUGCCGGCCUGUCUCGGCUGCAAUGGAACGUUGGACUACCGGAAAGACGUCCGUUACAGCAGAGGAAGGUCCGAGGGUGUUGUCGGCUUCAAACGACUGGGUCGUCCUGGGCGGCCGCCCGCAGGGGCGGGGGGCCAGGGCCCCGGACAUCUGGUCUCCCUGGUCAGGGCCUGGAGAGACUCUUCUCCUUCCCUUCCUUGCCAUGAAAGAUGCUCUUCAGGAGCACCGUUGGAAGGUAACUCUUUCCCCGCUUCUUUCCCUGCAGUGUAUUCCCUGGAUGGGCUGUUGGUCUUCGGUUUGCUCUUCAUUUGCACUUGCGCCUAUUUCCGGAAGGUCCCACGGCUGAAAGUCUGGCUACUCUCAGAGAAGAGAGGGGUCUGGGGGGUUUUCUACAAAGCGGCAGUGAUUGGUACAAGACUCCAUGCAGCAGUAGCAAUAUCCUGCAUUGUCAUGGCUUUUUAUGUCCUUUUCAUAAAAUGAAUCCCAACUCAUCAGAUGGACAGUGCUCUUUGAUGAACAAUGAUGCUAUAGAAAGCAUAUCUCUUUGGCUUCAGAGGACAAUAUCUCUCAGAGGAGCAUACACAGACCCCUACACGGAUGUCAAGAGGAAAUUCUCUUAUGACCAAGCUUUCUUUCAGACCAAGGGAGUGGCCUUUGUAAGAACAACCACCCUUUGUGCUUCUAGUAGAGCUUGAAUGUAACCAGCAAAUACUGUUUUGUGUGCAGAUCAUUAAAAUCAGUGUUACUGUCUGCACAAAGUAAAAAUCAUAAGUUUGUAGAAAUGGGUAAGAUGAAUUGUUUCUGGCAAAUAGAACUGGUUAAGGCUUUUCCCACAAUCUAGCAGAGCGUGAAAGGGGCAAGUGUUUUCAUUCCUGGUGUUCUAAAGGGAAUUGCUGUAAAUCUCCAAAAUGGAACAGUGGACAGUGAGGGCAGGCAUAGAUUUGUUUUCAUUUUUUUUCUUUGAUUAAUGCACUUUUAAGAUUAGAGGCUAAAGCGAUCAUAAAAACAAAUGACUGGAAAACCAUAUGGAAAACUAGCUAGUAGUAAAGUAUUUGCGCAUUUCAGAGAAGUGCUUAUGUGCUCUGUAUUCUUGAAAAUAUCUGGACCGCAGAGGGGGAAAAUGAUCUUUGGUGAUCUAUUCACAUCUCUCUUAAAGUAAUUAACAGUCCUGCUACUUUUUACAGACAUCUAAGAGUGCUGAAAUAUUUCAUGUUCUGUCAAAGCUAGCUCACAAUUGAGAAUUGCCAACAACUUAAACAUAGCCACAGUCUCUGGCAUCAAUGUUGUAGGAGAAAGCAAUGAGGUCAUAUGCUGUUACAUUAAGUUAAUAGAUGUUAAGAUGUUUAAAUCACAUUUAAAAAUCAUAACAUGUAUAUUUUGGAAAGUGUACAGACUUUAAAAAUGAAGAUUUAUCUUUAUGUUCUUUAUUUUUAAUUAUACAUUUAUAAGUUCUCUUUAGUUCACACUCCUCCUUUGAAUGGUCCUUUCCUGUCAUCUUGUGCUUAAAGUGUUGGAGGUAAACCUCCUACAUUAAAGAGCAUGUUUAACUUAUAUGUUUAAAGCUUAUGAUGUUGAAAACACUUGAUACAAACUCCAAAAUGGUUUCAAGAUUGGGACCUAAUCUUUUUAAAAAAUCCACUAUUUGUAUAACAACUUUUUUUCACAGAUAGAAAUUUAUCAUAUGUUUCUAGUUCAGCAAGAAAUAUACUGGAGUCCUAGCUUGGCCUCUGGUAUUCCAGCAAUAUGUGUUUGAAUAAAUCUGCCUUAUUUUUUAUUUCCCAAACUUCAUAUUUAAUAGACAUUGGAAUUUUUUCUUCCUUUUAAAAUAAUUUGUGAUGUAUUCUGACUGGGAUCUGAAGAAAUAAAAAUGGGUUUUGUGAACUCUAAAUUCUAGGGAAGUGGGAAGGAAAAAGCAGAGUUCAGUUUCAUAAAACA